UAAUUUAAUCCAUCUUUUUACCAACAGCAACCAGCAAGACCUCCCUGUUCAGGAGGCGUUUCAAGUCCAGCCGCGGGGUGGCGCUGAUUGUAAAACCGGAGCUAAAUAAACAACUUCCGGCGACUCCCGGGACCCGCUUCGUAGACCGGAAGUCGACUCGUCCAGAGACAGAACAAAGAUGGCGAACCUGGACGUGGAGGACUUCAUCCAGCAGAACAGAGCUCUGGCGGAGCAGGUCGACACGUUCCGCGGCUACUGGGAGAGCGAGAAGCACUGGACGGCGCGGAGGGACUUCAUCCUGCGGAACGUCGGCGACUUCGAGGACCCGCACCUGGACCAGCUGGUGUCGCUGUCCAUGGUCUGGGCCAACAACGUCUUCCUCGGCUGUCGGUACAACACGGAGCUGCUGGAGAAAGUGAAGGACAUGGGCGAAGGCGUCGUGGUGGAGGACCCACCCAUCUUCAAGAUGAGGGACGAGAUCAUGAAUAAGCAGCAGAGUUGAUGACCGGCUCGGUCCUGUCGGAUGAAGCGGAGCUCGGUUCUACGUGGUUCUACGUGGUCUCUCAUGGACUCAUAGGUCUUAAUCCCGGAUGUGUAAACAUCUCAAAUCUUUUAUCGAGAGCAGAGCGACUGUGUUGCUCUUUCCGUGUGUACAUGGCUGAUUUACUUGUUUGACUUCUUUAAGCGUCCUCGUUGUUUUAAGUUUGUUUUUAUAAUUAAUUCCAAUGAAAGAUGACGGAUCUUUUCCUGAAGUCAAAUAAAAUACUUUCUUUCUUA